AUGUAGACGAAGUCAUCUAGCUCUAGCUCUUUUAUAUUCUUAAAAUAGUUUAAAGCAUUUUUAUUUAAUUUAGGGUUAUUUUCAAUGAGAGAGUUGUAAAUUUCUUAAACCUAUUCCAUAGAAACAUAGUUAUUCUUUCUCAAUUAGAACAAAUUCUAGUAAGCAAUCAUUUUAUCUGGGUUUUAACUUAGUGAUGUUUAGAUGCAUUCAAGACACUUUAAGUAAUUUGACUUUUUGUAAUAAGCAGUUGAGAGAUUAGUAUAAUUUAUAGGGUCAAUGCCAUUUCUAGUUUUAAUAGAUUCUUAUAAAGCUAUUAUUGCGUCAUCCCAGUUUUCAUCUUCUAGAUAGAGUUCAGAAAGCAUUUACCAUGCAGCCAUUUUAUUUUCAUCUUUUUCUGCUCUUUCUUUCAUUAAUUCUAUAGCAUCUUUUCUCUGA